AUGGAGGAGGCGGAGAAGGCGGCGCUGGCGCUGGACGGCGUGGUGUACACAAACUACCGGGAGGUUCGCACCACAGCCAAGAAGGGCGCCGGGAAGUUCCUGAAGUUUUUCCUGAUCGACGACAGAGAGCGUGAGGUGCUCGCAGCCACGGCCGAGGACCAGGGCGAUGCACACUACCUGUACAAGAAUGCAAAGGGUUUCACGCAGCAUGGCAAGCUGGAGUCGCACAACAGGAAGGAGGUCAUCAUGUGGCUGGAGAAGAUCAUACGUGAAUCCCCAUUCCAAGUCAACAACAAGCAAGAGGAAGAGGAUUUGAAGCUGCUGCCCACAGAGGACCACCCAGAGGGCCUCUAUUUUGUGGAUCAAAGGCAGGAGCGCAUAACGUGCCCUGACGGCCGUAAGUCCAACAAAUUUUUUCUCAUCGACCAGUAUGGCGUGGAGCACUUGGCGGUGGUGGGCGAGGAGAGUCAUGCGAGGGAUGGGCACUAUCACUACAUCGCACACGAGCCCUUCGCCUCCGCUUCCCCCUUGAGCAGCCGCAACGCCAACGGCGUGUACCACUGGCUGGAGCAGUGGCUGUCGCACAACGCCCUGACGGCCGCGGAGGAGGAGGCGCAGGGCGCGCCCGUGGGUCAGGCGCCUUCCGAGGAGUGCCCGCGGGCCCGGCCGCGGUCGGUGGUGCUGGAGAUGGGCGACUGGGGCGACGGCGAGGGCAAGGCCAUGCCGCCCAGGAUGCUGGACCUGUCGAGGCUCACGGGGACGAGGAAAAGGUUGACAGGCGCAGCUGAGGCGAGCCACCAGAAAAGGAUGAAGCUGAUGCACUCAGCGGAGGCCGCGGCAGCUGAGGAGCUGCAGGCAGCGUGGCUGCAGGAGAGGCGGAUGGCAGCAGGGGCGGAUGCUGAGGCGCGCAAGGCAGAAGCACUGUCCUCGUUGGCAUGGCUAAAGGAGGCACCUUCAGACGACGAGGUCACCACUGUGGAGUAUUGGCACAGCAUCCUAAGGGAAAUGGUGGAGGCAUGGGAAGCUGAGGAGAAGCUGCAGGAUGGGGACGUUGAGAGCAUGGAAGUGGACAUUGUGCCCGAGUCACCAUUCUCAAGCCCUGAUGCCUCGGCCCCCCCAGCCAUUCCUUGCCACCCCAACCCCAAGAGCCGCCACUGGCUAAGGCUAUGUCUUGAGGCCCUCAAGGAGGUGGGCACGAUGUACAUGCCUCUCAAGCUCAUGUCGCAGACCGGCAUCAUGUCCACCGUCACCAAGCUGAAGGACCAUCCAAACAGCAGCAUCUCAAGGUACUCCCAGUACAUUGCGCUUCAAUGGCGCACUCAGAUGCUGGCACACUGCCGCACCCUGUUGGACCCUGCCAUCUUGAGUGACCCCGUGGGAGAUCUGGAAGAGGCGUUGCUAAGUGGCUCCCUCGCGCCACCCAUGCUGGGCCCCAAGGACCCACCCCCCGCUGCCCGCAGAUUGAAGUGUGCCGCAGCAUUUGAGGCCGAAGGCCGCAACACACCAAGUGGGAGGCUUGAGGGAGGUACAGGAGGCAGCAAGGAAAGGGCAGGGGAUGCUGAUCCCGAGCAGGCGCAGCGAGGCACUGUCACAAAGUCAGGGGAUGACUGCAGCCACUGUGAAGCUGACACCACACAUGAUCAGCCUUCAGAAAUUGGGAAAGAUGCGUCCCCAGAUAUUGCCGACGUCACAGAAGUGGAAGGAACAGCACAUGAAGGAGAAAAUGGUGCAUUGGAUGAUGGAGAUGAAGGGACUGCCAUGGAGGAGGAAGAAGUGAAGGCUGAUGGGGGCGAAUCUGACAUUGGUACCGAUUCGGAUGACAACGAUGGGGAUUGCCCUAUGGCUGGCAGUGAGUCUCCAGGGCAACAAGAGAGCCCCACAGCAGAUGGCUUGGUGGAUGGGGUAUCAGUGGACCCCAGGGAAGGCGGCCAGGGAGAGCAGGAUGAAGCCCACCGAGGCGAGCUGCGCAGCAGGAUCGCCUCCAAGGAACUUCCCAGGACGACGAGCGCGUCAGAGGGCCCACGCAACACCGAGGCGGACGGCGACGAGUCUGACUUGGGCCUUCUGCUCGCGGACAUCCCAGAGGAGUUCUUUCCGGAAGACGAAGAAGUGUCGGGCCGAGACAGUGGUGACUGA